UCUAGCUCCUUACCAAAUGUUAGGUCUGAACUGGCUGGUUCUUAUGCACAGACAGGAAUUAAAUGGCAUCUUGGCUGAUGAGAUGGGUCUAGGGAAAACUGUACAGGCUAUAUCAUUUCUGUCUCAUCUGAAGGAAACUGGAGAGGAUGGACCUCAUUUAAUAGUCGUUCCUUCAUCUACCUUAGACAACUGGCAGCGAGAACUUCGUAGUUGGUGCCCCUCUCUUACUGUUCGUUGUUAUCAUGGUUCUCAGGAUGAACGCAAAGAGCUAAGGGUUCGAAUCUUAAAUGAUGAUGUUGAAGAUUUUGACAUCUUAAUCACUACGUGAGUAUUUUGCU